AUGUCUGGGUCUUCACCAGCUCGCUGGGAAAAGCAGUAUGGCGUUGGCAAGACUCACCCGCCGCGACGGAACGGCCUGUCAUGGAUGGAUCCCGUACUUCCCUCCAUUGACCCGCAAACGCUCCAGAUGGACGAACCGUAUCCCGAAGAGAUUCUGGAGCCCCUCCCUUCUGAGCUGGACGAUCUCUAUCUUUCAGAACGACAACAACUCGCAAAAUUGUCGGGGUUGAGGACAUGGGAAGCCGCGCUGCUGGCAAAGACUGAAACGUAUACCACACCAGGAGAGGGACAGACUCUGAUUGGCAAGGAAUUAGAAGUCAUCGAAUCAUCUUGGCUGCCUAUUUGGUCAAGAGACCGUUGGAUGAUUGACUUCACUGUGCCCCCGAAUUGGUCCAACGAUUGGUCCAGAUCGCAGCUCUGGAGUGCCCACGAUCCUCUGAUAUGGGGAGUCCUUCGCAAGGCGAUACAGAUCGCCGACAAUAUUAUGCGAAAUUCCCUGGAAGGGGACUGGCUACAAUCUUUGCUGAUACCGGAAAACAUUGAGAGCUAUGACACGAUAGUCCCCUCUUGUUCUGGACCGAUCACGAUCUUCAUCAACAUUGUUGGCAUGAAGACGCUAUUGGAUGCGGACACUACCCAAUCUUCAAAGAGCGCGGCGUUGAUGAAUCUUGCAAGCACUCACAUGAUCGGUUUCGUUCAUCUAGGCAACGGAGCAUUGCGACAAAGUCUGGGACACCCGAUUCACAAUUUCGAAAUAUUCGGACCAGGGGAACAUCAUUUCGAGCUCGGAUGGUCGUUCGAACAACAUGCAUUUGGGGGUACUCUGUGUGGACUUGUCCCCAGGAGCUCUACCAACGACUUCCACACCAUGACCUAUGCACCGUUGAUUCUCUCCAUCCGGAAGUUCCCCCACAUAUUCGAACUCAAAGAGACCUAUGGCAUUGUCCUGAAUAGCCCAACCAUCGACACGCGCUGGCCUAUGCCAUCGCUUUGGCAUGAUUCAUUUUCGUCCGAAGCUUUCUGGACCCAAAUCGUUUCCAAGUAUGGUUAUCAGAGCCUGAUGGGACCCAAGAUGCUUGUCAGCGCCACACAACAUGGGAAUCAAGGCUUUUUCGAACCUUGGUUCCAUCCACGAGAAACAUCGGCUCGAUUUAUUGAGGAGUUUAUCCCCCAGACAUUUCAUGCUGAUUCGCUCAAGAUGCUGGCGAGGAGUUUACUGAGUAGACGACUGAAAUAUCAUAGAAUGCGUCCGUGGCUCCAAGACACCUACGCGAUGUGGCAGAUGACUCCCUACGGGCUUCACAAUCCUCGAGAAGAUCUGGCACGUCUAGCAGAUGUUCCACCAGCUCGAAGGAACGAUCGAUACGAAGACAAUGCAGAGUGGUUUGCCUGCAACUGGAUUCAUCCGCUACGUGUGACUCGCGACCAGAACGAUUUACUUGUAUAUGAAGCCUCGCCAACACAAUAUGGAGCUCACAUUGUUGAUGGAAAUAGGACGCAGUGGUUCUGGCGAGCCAUAGGAUUUCUCUUGGUGGCCUCACUGCCUGGGCGAUUAGCGACGAUCACGCCGAUUAAACAGCCAAAACGAUCGCUGUUGAACCCUUGGACCAUACCCCAAAGUCUCUCUCUCAACGAGUCGCAAAGAGACGAAGUCCAAAAGCAAAUUGAGAGAGCAGAGUCACGAAGGUGGACGUAUCCGCCAAUCCACUUACCAGAGCGACACAUCAAUCCCGGCGACCCAUCUGCAACGCGCAGUAUCCGCCAUAACUGCAUUGAUUUAGCAGUCACCGCGUUUGACACGUACCUUGCACUCUGCAUCGAGCCAGCCGGACUACGGGACGCCUUCGAAACAGAAUGCAACAGCCUCAGAGCCCAGCUGAAUGCCGAUCAUGGGAAUGACUUUAACUCGUGGCUCGACUUCCGCUUUCAGAUGCCUCAAUACCCCGGGCACACAUCCGAUGGCAGGACAUACUCUCUAUGGGAAUUCUGGCAGGCGGGCGUAUCGACGUGGAAAUCCCCGGAUAAAGACCUCGGAGACAGGGCUGCCGAGGUUUUCCAUGGAGAAGACCCGGCAAAAUAUCCCUCGAGAGACUUGCCUGCCUUUGCACAAAGUGGGAUAGUCGGUAGCCCCUUACGGCCAGGUCAGAGUUAUCGGCGACAUCAAGUACCCUACUACACAGUUGCCGAGCUGUACGAUCACGCCCAAGAGCUUGAAGAGGCGCUAGUACUGGUCGAAAAUGGGUACUAUCUGGAUGUUUACAGAUGUUCUGCCGUCUGUCGGUCACUGGAGAUUGAGCAAAACGAACUGCUUUCAUUUACCAGGUCAACUUUCUAUGGGAGACAGCUUACAUGUGACGCCGCGGAAUGGCUUUCCAAUGCUGAUUUACCCUCUCUGGCCAUAGGGAGGGUGGUACGCGUGAUACGGGAUGACGACAUUGCCGAGUGCGAUGGAAAAGACGGUAGACCGUUAUGGAUCCGCCUACACAACAGCGUCUUUGACGUUACUUACUUGAAGAGUGUAUCAGAACCGCGACUAAGGGGACUCUUGGCGAGCAGCCCAGCUGGAAAUCCGUCUCUCAGAUUGUUGGAAGACGGAUAUACUCUCGCCGAGGUCAAAAGGUCUCUAGCACCUUGGAGGGUUGGGAUUGUGGCCAAAACUCCAGGAGCGAUUGCCGACAAGCACUCCGUCAGAACAUUCACAGCUCAGUCACUCCGCAAGCACGAGUUCAGAGAGACGGGAAUGUACAUCUCGAUUGAUAACAAGGUGUACAACAUCUCAGGUGAGUUCAAGGGACGUCAAGGCAAGCAAAAGCGAGAGGUUACGGCUGACCGUUCGAAAGACUACGCCGAGACACACCCGGGAGGGCUUCAUGCACUGGUCGAGAAUGGAGGACGAGAUAUUACCGAUCUCUUCAAUCAGUACCAUCAAGAGAACCGUAGCAGAAUCCUUGCUGGAUUGAAGGAACUAUUCGGCAGAGAAGUCUACUCAGUGAAAGCGCUCAAAGAGUCAAGUGAGUAUGCGAAAUUGUCCAAACUCGUGGAUGAUCUCUCUCCUUACCUAGGAGCCGAUGCUACCCAAGCCCUGAAAGCCGAAGAAGGCAACGACGGACCGCUCCUGCGUUUUUCUCGUCUAAGAGGCUACAUCGUAGCAUCAAUAGACCAUGGGCUUCCGGAAAUUGAACCGAUAGAGCUGAGCAAAUUUGAUGGGCACGCUGAUGAGAUCCACGACGUUCGAUACGACGCAUUCGUGGCUUCAGAUGGCAUGGUGUACGAUCUGACCGCUAUAAUGCUCUACGGCUCCAGCAACCCCAACUAUGCCAAGUUCGAAACCUUCCUCGGGGGUGUCGUGACAGAUGAAGAGAUGAAAACUUACUUGCAAACUCACUGCCAAGGUCUUGUCUGUGCCAUUUUAGUACAGAAAAGAAGGCGGGAGCAGGGAAGACGCACAAUCAACUGGAACCCAAAGAAAAAGGCUCCUCUUCGCUAUAAGAUGCCCAUCUGGGCCAACCGUACCAAGAAAUCUUGGGAAUCUCCGCUGGAGGACCAAGUUGCUCCACAUAUGAGCACACUACAGAAAGCGAAAAAGCGCUCAAAGGAAGAAGAUUUCGAGAAGAAAGAUGUUUUCGAACCGACUCCCUCGCGAAGCUACCUUCAAAACCUGGUGUGUGAUCUAGGCCAAGUCGUUCAGCCCAGCCUUGCUCAGGAAUCGGAACGGAGGUCACCUCGAAGCGGCGAUGCCUGGCCUGCUGAACUCAACGAAUCGGCGGCGGCGACCAGGGCGAGGAGUCCAACGCCGGAACAAUUGAGCAGAUUGAACUCUGAGCUUAGGCGCCACAACGACGAAAAGGUAGUGAGGAACAGAGCAAGAGCAUGCCCAGAGUUGAAAGCCUUGGGAAAAUCACGGGGUACAGCAGUGCCUUACAAAGACAACAGCUCAAAGCACGAAACUGGCACCGUGAUUAAGGAAGAAGUAUAUGAGGAGGGAGAGUUUGACCCUCGCCAAGCAGCAGCUCAGCCCGGCAUGUCACGGAAAGAGCUGCUGGUUACAAAAAAACGAAAGCCUGUAUUUAAGAUUGAUGAUGGUGCCCCAAGAAAGAGGCGGUAG